UACAGCACACGUGUUGUGUCAACACCUUAUUAUGCAUUCUCCAUUGAAUCCAUUGUAUAAACGAAGGUGUAAUAUAAUGUUAUAGGCAGGCCUAGGCAGACUACAUUAUGCCAGAUAAGCCUACAAAAUGGCCCACCGAUGUAUCGUAGACCUGUUGGCACUUGUAGUACUAGUUCCUGGUUUAACAGAAUGUUUAGCUAUACAAAUUACGCCUUCAGACCUGAGUUUCAGCACAAUAAAUUUGAACACAACAUUGCAUUGGACAGCAAAUAAAAAUAAUGCACAUGGUGUAAAAUAUGACGUGGAGUACAGCUUGUUAAAAGACAAGUGGGAUCCUAUUUGCAGUAACAUUACUGAAACAGUGUGCGUGAUCAACAUGGAUAAACAGGCCCUAUCGUAUGGCCCAACAUUGACUGCAAGAGUCAGAGCGGUUUCAGAAAACGCAGAGAGUGAAUGGAAAUAUGAGGAAACAAAACCAGUAGAUGACGGUUCUAUAGGACCGCCAGCAAUAUCGUUGGAAUCGAUUGAAGCCCAAUCUGUUUCUUUUAGAAUGGAAUUACCAAAGACGCCAUAUGUCGACUCAAAUAAUGUAGUGCUACUUGUUGAUAGCUCAGAGUUCAUCCUAAAAACUAUUACGAAAGAAAUCAGUAUUUCCUGCAAUAAAUUUAUUCGCACCAAUUACACGACAGGUUCUUGGUGGAUUUGGGAAGACCUUGAAGAAAACACAAGUUACAACAUUACGUCAUAUUCUAUUUAUGGCAAAUGUCCGGAAUGUUCUAGGAGUUACACUGCAGAUUUGGUUGCAGUCAGAACGCUAAGCAGCAAAGAAUCAUCCACUUCAGAACCAGAAAUCACUGAUUUACCAAAUGUUUUGUUAGCGUAUAUCAUGGCAUUUGUUCUUGCACUGGUGCUAUUCCUGGUAGUAGUUCGUCAUUUAUCAAGGUUCUUGAAACGGAGAGUGACAAACGAACGCUUCAAAUUUCCAGUAUGGUGGGACUCUAUAACAACUGACAAUGCAUAUGUGUGCACUCAUCGUUCGAAUGAACCACCUGAACUGUUCGAUCCAUUGAAAGAGGCACCCCCUAACAAAAUACCUGGCAAGGACGAGUGUGAAGAAUUAUUGAAACCGAAAACAGAGUGUAAAAAAGCCCUACAACCUCAAGAGGAAUUUGAAAUCGACGAAUAUGUCACUCACGCUUUCAUUGCUUCUCUAACAUUAAACUUUACUUCUCAUCAGACGUAACAUUACGGUAUUCUACAAUAAAUGUAUUUAUUUUUUGGAUUAUUUUUAUUGCUUUCGUAUGAUUUAUGAUUACGCAUAUCAUUAUCAUCGUUAUCAUUAUCAUUAUUAUUAGUAUCACCAUUAUCAUUAUUAGCAUUAUCAAAUCAUUCUUUAUUAAAAAAACAGUAAAAAAAACGUAACAUAAAACCCACAUCAUGGCUUUCAAGCGAAUAUAUUAUUUACUAUUACUCAGUAAUAUCAUUUAUCGACAGGAUAAAUUGUAACUAUAUUUAUAUUGUUACUUUUAUUAUUAUUUGUUUUACUGGAGUAUUAUGUGUGUAGUACUUUUGUUUAUUAUCUAAAGUUCCGACACAUACCAGUACUAUAAUUUUCAUCAGUAUUGCAGGGGUGGCGCCAGCGGGGAGGGGCGGGGGCCCAGGUCCCCCAAUCGGGGAGAGUUCC